UAUUAACACAUUAUAUAUGUUAUGCUAUGAUAUACUAUGCUAUGCUAUACACUGUUGUUAGACAUUGUUUUAAUUGAUUGAUUGAUUGAUUAAUUGAUAGCCCGACUAAAUGAUAGCCGCGUCUAAUACCCGCCGCCGCUAUGAUGAUAAUGUGCUGACCAUUUGAUUGAUUGUCAUUGUUAUUGCCAAAGAGUUACCGAACGACGACGACUAGUGACCAGAGAGUGACCACCAGAACCGAACCGACCGCCCGAUGAAACUAUUGAAACCCAAUUGGAUUAAUCACAACGGUCGACCGAUAUUCUCGCUGGACAUACACCCGGAUGGCAGCCGACUGGCUACGGGUGGACAAGGCGACGAUUCGGGACGGGUGGUCAUAUGGAAUAUGUUGGCCAUUGUGGACGAAUCGGCCGAAUCCAAUGAAAAUGUUUGCAAACAAUUGUGUCAAAUGGACAACCAUUUGGCCUGUGUCAAUUCGGUUCGCUGGUCGCAGAGUGGCCGCUUUCUGGCCACUGCCGGCGACGAUAAAGUGAUUAUCAUUUGGACAAUCGGUGCCCGUUACGCACCGCAGACCAACGGUUUUGUCGGUAAUGUUGAACAAUAUCGGGUAGUGUCGACACUCAGGCAACAUUCGGGCGAUAUAUUGGACUUGAGUUGGUCGCCGGCAGAUAAUUGGUUGGCCUCGUGUUCGGUGGAUAAUUCGGUUAUCGUAUGGAAUGCUAAUAAAUGGAGUGAAGUAGCGGUCGUAUUGCGUGGACAUACGGGUCUGGUUAAGGGUAUUACUUGGGAUCCGAUCGGCAAAUACUUGGCCUCACAAUCCGAUGACAAAACACUGCGCAUUUGGCGUAUCAGCGACUGGACCGAAGAGGCGGUAAUUGAGGAACCGUUUGAAGAGUGCGGCGGAACCACUCACGUAUUGCGUCUGAAUUGGUCACCUGAUGGCCAGUUUCUGGUGUCGGCACACGCCAUGAACAACUUGGGUUCGGUCGCCCAGAUUAUCGAACGCCAAAACUGGUCGGCCAGUCGCGACUUUGUCGGCCACCGUAAGGCCAUAGCCUGUGUCCGAUUCAAUUCAAAUAUUAUGUGUUUGCCGUAUAAACACAACGCUAACCGAUCGCAUAAACUUUGUUGUAUAGCAAUCGGCAGUCGCGACCGAUCGCUGUCCGUAUGGAUGACAUCCCGUAAGCGGCCGAUACUUGUUUUGCACGAUUUGUUUGAUAAUUCUGUACUCGACUUAUCGUGGUCACAGUCGGGCUUCCAGUUGAUGGCCUGUUCGUGGGACGGAACGGUAGCCUACAUGGAAUUUACCGAACAGGAAAUCGGUUGUCCGAUGACCAGCGACGAAAAAGUAUUGUACAAACAAAAACUAUACGGCGUAUCCAAGAGUUCAUCCUCGCCUCAACACCAGCUGAUCGAAGAUCCAGAUAUUAUGGUAAUUCAUGAACAGAAGAAAAAAUUUAAUCAUCAAAACGGUGGCCAAUCGUCGAACGAGUCGUCGAAUAGGAUGGCGACCAACAACAACACCGGCAAUGAGCCGUCGCUAAGUAAUUCGCAAUCGUCUAAACUAAGCAAAGGACCGACCGAUAAGCAAGUAGAGGUCCGAUUGGCUGAUGGCCGACGCCGUAUAACCCCACUGUAUAUUCCGCCCAUCGAUGGUAUGACAUUUUGUGUACAGCCAACUACUUUUAGUUCAUCCAGCGAACCGAAGACAAAGAUUUAUAUUGAAAAACACGACGAAUCCAAUAGCCGAUCGUCGAUUGGUUCGUCACCUGUUAAACAACAACAACAGCCGUUGUCGUCGCAAAACGCGACCACAAACGGCACACCACUAACACCAACACAACAACAGACAACAUCAACAAAAUCUUUGCCGAAUAUGAAUACCGAACCGAUAAGAGUGGUCAACAACAAUAAUAAUAAUAAUAAAUCCGAUACCAAUGAUACUAACGGUAUUAGUAAAGUCAAGGACAUUAAGACGACGAUUAUUGAUGCCGACACUGGCGAUCAACAACAGUCGUUGCCUACACCAAAGCGAAAGCAUAGUGCGACCACCGAUGUGUCCAACAAUAGUAAGACUAAACGUGGCCGACCAUCGAUUCCCGGUAGCGGCGGCGGCGGCGGCGGCAGCGGCAGCAGCAGCAAAGAUAUUACCACAACAACAACCAGUCCGAAGAAUGAUUUGACGGCUAAAAACACUUACGAAGCCGAAAGGCAAACAAUCAAUAAGAUAAUCGAUAAGCCAGCGAUUCCCAUACAAGUUAAAGACAAACAUCCAUCGAUGGUAGCUAAACAUCAGACAGCCGCCUCCAAGUUAGCCAAAGAUGGUGGCGGCGUAGGCGGUAGUGGUGGUGGUUGGGCUCAUUCAUCGGCUGCAAGUGAUCAUCACUAUCUGCCAGUACUUAAAAUGGACAAAACAGCGACUGUCAAAGUGUUCAGUGCGUGCGAUAAAUAUGAUCGAAAAAAUAAUAUAUCCAUUGAUAUCGAAAAUUCGAUUAGUUCGUCGAAAAUAUCGGCUCUACGGCUAAACUCGAACGGUGACCGCCAGUGGCAGAUACUGGUAUCGGCCAACAUUAUCGCCGUUACCGGUAGCGAUCAACUGAUUGCCUGCGCCUGCAAUGAUCGUACACUAUCGGUGUUCAGUACGUCUACCGGGCGGCGACUACAGGCACCCAUUAUGCUGAGUUCACCCGUCGCGCGGCUAACCUGUCACAACAGCAAGAUUAUGGCCAUUACCGUACAGGCCGUACUGUGGAUGUGGGAUUUUAGUCGCCACCGGGUCCUAAUCAAAGGCGAAUCGCUGGCACCGUUGCUCAACAAUACCCACGAUGUUUCCAUAUUAAGCACCGGUAUUACCGAUUGUGAUUCACCAUUGAUUUGUUUAUCUUCGGGCAAAUCGUAUGUCUUCGACGAACAGUUUGGCAGUUGGACACUGAUUGCCAAUAGUAACGAUGUGCUCAACACUUGUACCGAUCAGAAGCCGCAUUCAUUUGAUCCCAGUUCACUGCCAUUGUCUACCAUACAGUCUCAAACAAGAACCAACAAAUCGAUGCAUACAUUGUUUUUGAGUGACUCGACACUACAGCAGUCGGCCGUUUUGAGUUAUAUUGACCAACAAUUGGCCGCAUCGUUUGUAAUCGGUUCGGCCAAAGAAUAUCGUUUCUGGAUGUUGGCCUUAGCUCAGCAUCUGUCCAAAGAAAAUAUGGAAAACAGGCUCCGGGAGCUGUGCCAGUAUCUAAUUGGACCCAUAUUCAAGUCCAUCCGGAGUCAAUGGGAACCGAAAAUUGUUGGCAACGGUAAACACGAUCUACUCAAAGAAGUUUUAGCCAUAUUGUCGACCAAUUUGCGUCUGCAGAGACUGUAUACAGAAUUUAAGGAACAAUUGGAUCACCAGACUAUGUCGGUUGCCUUAUAGAAGAGCAUAGAUUUUUAAUUGGUACUCAACAACAUCAACAACAACAACAACAACAUACAGUCAAUACAUCCAAUUGAUCCCAUAUAUACAUUUCAAUUUCAUCAAUCAAUCAAUUUUGUUAUACACAAACACAUAUGUAUAUCAUCAAUGUCAUUUUAUA